UCAUUUGAGUGAACUGAGUCAAGGCGUUUCUGAAUAGCAGCGAUUGUUUCCUCUAACUUAGCAACCGUAUCCAAGGAAGAGAAAAGCGUCGAUGACGUAGCCGGACGCGAUGACGCGACCGGAAGCAAAUAAACACAAUGUGCGGCUCCGCAAAAUAAACUGGAGGGUCAGCGCUGCUGUGAAACGCGGCCGGCGCUGUUAGUUCAUUGCCGGCUAAGGACGACUGGACCCUGGCCUACAGUUACAGAUCGGGUAACAUUGAGCCGGAGUUAAACACGACCUGUCUGCUUCCUCUGUAGGAGGGAUCAAUGUGAAUGUAAUGUGACAUAGUUGUUAGAGUUUGUGGCAGGGAUUAAUGUGUCUUCGCUAUGGAUGACGCGAUUUAAAUCAUUUUCUCUGUUUUAGGCAUCUUUCUAUUUGUUCUUGGAAUUAUUUCAUAUUUACUAAUGUGUGAUGGAUGCUUGUUUUGAUCGAGAUCAGAUCAUGCUUUGCCCAAGAGCCGUCAGACAUGUGUCCAGCGAGGUGGAGGACAUGGACACCUCGGAGGCUCGCUGGAACUGGUUUUAUCUCGCUGAAUGUGGCGUCUGGCAUAUGUUUGAGAUUAAUCAAAGUGCUGCCUGUUCUGUGACCAGUGAGCAAAUUGAACAGAACUACAGCAGAAAUCAGCUGGGCGUCAUGGAGUUCUGCACAGCGAAGUAUACUUACAGAUUAGAUUUUUCAGUGAUGAAGCAGACCAACUUGACAACUGGCAAGCAGCGUCCUAUAAAGCGUGCACUGCAUUCCGAAACAAGUUUCAGGUUCAUCUGUGAUAAUCUUGCCCUUCCCAUUCCUGUACACUGGGAGAGGAUUAAUACAGAAGAGACCUAUCAGCUCAUCACUCUGGGCAAGGACACUUUUGAGUAUAAGGAAGUCAUGAGACUUUUUGAGAGAACUAUGGAUGCAUCCAUCAGGUCAAUCCAGAGGAUCCAGAACUUAGACCUUUGGGAGUUUUUUUGCCGGAAAAAAGCACAGCUGAGAAAGAUCAAACGGGCCGUGGACAUUGAGGAGAAGAUGCUAUUCCACGGCACAGGCCACAGCAACGUCCAGGCUAUAUGCACGUAUAAUUUUGACUGGAGAUUAACUGGAAGCCAUGGUGACAUCUAUGGAAAAGGCAGUUAUUUUGCAAGAGAUGCCAAAUACUCCAGUAAAUUCUGCCACACUACAGCGAACCACAACGUCGUUCUUCAAAAACAUGGCCUGGUACCAGCCAUUUUCCAGAGCGACCCACCGUAUAAAUCCAUGUUCCUGGCCCGGGUGCUCGUCGGGGAAUACACAGUCGGACAGUCGAAGUUCUGCCGACCGCCCUCCAAGGACACGCGAGUCACAAACUUCUACGACAGCUGCGUGGACGACAUCGCAAAUCCCAAGAUUUUUGUGAUCUUUGACUGCAAUCAGAUAUACCCGGAAUAUUUAAUAGAGUUUUAUUAACAAGGAUUCGGUAACAUAAAUUCUCUGCUCCAGCCUGAGAGCUUUAGAUCAGGUUGGGCUGGUUUCAUUUGUCUGUGGUUUAUUAAAUCCAUGUGUUGUCAGGUUUUACAGCUCCUUAAAACACUACAGACAAAAGGAAGUAUAUAUUCUUUCAAAGGAAAGAAAAGGCAUGUCCUUUCAAUGGAAAGUGGGAGUGUUUAGUAUUAUUAUUUUUUGGUCUCUCUGCAAUGUCUGUUGAUUUCCUUACUGCAGCAAACAGGCCAGAUGGCUGAGCUUUGAAUCUGGGUGUCGGGGUAGGGCUCCGCAAAUGGGCUGGUGGAGCCUAUGUCUGGGGGGGGGGGUGACACCCCGCAGGGUUAGUGGCCUGCUUUGUGAGGACCGUUCACAGAAAGGUGGUGCCACCGUGUGGUCAUGGCAGAACAUCACAGCUGGGGUCUGGUUAUUGGAAGGCUUGCAGCGAACUGGGGUUCAUGGUUUAGUGGCUCAUUAACUACCUCAGAUAUUCAUCACAGACAAGGAUCCGGCCGAUGACUCCUGUUAGACUGAAUCUGGUGUCAUUUCACCCCCCCUCCACUGAAGAGGGCUAGAACGUGAUGCUCUGAUACGUGGAUGUCAUCCGGCGAACGGACACACAGGUAUCAGGGCCACGCCCAUGCCAAGAUGAUGUGAAUUAAGACCCCCCACCCGAAAGCGUCUGGCAUCUUUGCCCACCAGUGGGAUCCCUUCCGGGGUUUGUGUUACAUGUUGCCAUUUUACAUGCGACGAUGGCGGGCAGGUUCUCCCCUUUGGAUCGUCCUGGGACUGGAGGCCGAGUAGCUCCAGGAGACGCUUUGGACACGGUUCAGAGCAUGGAGACAGCAGCUGGGAGCAGAAGCAGGACCGUCUUCUGAAAGCAGAAGGAGAAAGUCUGCUUUGCAAUGAGCUGGGCUGCAGAGAUCUGUGGACGUAGAGCUGGUGGCAGGUUUUCCUUUGAGGCCAGUCAGAGACCAGCUUACCCCUCACUGCCAUGCAAGAGCGGUGUGGGAAGGUAAAAGAUUUAUUUGGCCGACUCUUCUGUGACCUUCCAGAGGACCUUCUGCUGGAGAUCUGACUGUAGUAAUUUGCCAGAUGACAGGAAUUUUAGUAUUUUUUAUUACCUACAGGGGGCAGUAUAGCACGUGGGGGGGGCCCUAGACUGACGUCAACAUGGACACUCAGGUGUUGCUAAUUUAACUACGCUUUUCAUUUUUCCCAAGGCAAGAUCGGGCCCAGAUGUUAGCUGGGGAGCUAGGCUACAGUAAUAUUAAUAACAAUGAUAAUAAUGACUCUUUAUUGAUCCCCAUGGGGAAAUUCUCUUCUCGCCCACCCCAUCCUGCUCUCCGUGACUCACGUGUAGGUGAGAGUAAGCUUGGCUGCAAAGGGCAGCCUCACACAGAAUAGCCUAGCAUGGACUAUGGUGUAUGAGGCGAGGAAUGCUAGAGAUGAGUUAUUUCCUGUGUGGGAAAAGGUUCUGUUGGUCACCUCAUGGUUUACAUGGCUCUUACAGUCAGCAGGGUUGGGUCACCCCUGCGGAAUGGGAUUACCUGUCCCUCUUACCUCUCCCUCUUACCUGUUUGUCACCUGUCCCUUGCUUGUUUCUGUGGUCCUGCUGCCAAAAUAAUGAAUUGUAUUUUGUUUUUUUACUUUCUGCAGUGUGAGAAAAUUAUGUUAUUCAAAUGUGAUUACAUUUUUCAGAUAAA